GGAGCGGGUCGCGCGCGGGAGCGAGCAGCGUCGGGCCGGCGGUUGGAGCGGGAAGGCGGGAGCGGCCGGCAGUUGGCGCGUCGUUGCAUCGGAUCGGCGGUGUCGGGGACACGGGUGGCGGCGGCGGGAAAUCGAGCGGAGGAUCGUCGGCGGCCAUUGGAUAGCUGUCGGGUCUCAUUUAGCUUGGUGAAGAGCCAUGUCUGUCCAGGACACCCGUCCCAACCACACCAUCUACAUCAAUAAUCUGAAUGAGAAGAUUAAGAAAGAUGAGCUGAAGAAGUCCCUCUAUGCCAUCUUCUCCCAGUUUGGCCAGAUUCUGGACAUCCUUGUCUCCAGGAACUUGAAGAUGCGAGGGCAGGCCUUUGUCAUUUUCAAGGAGGUCAGCAGUGCUACCAAUGCCCUGAGGUCCAUGCAAGGGUUUCCGUUUUAUGACAAGCCAAUGAGGAUCCAGUAUUCAAAAACUGAUUCUGAUAUCAUAGCCAAGAUGAAGGGCACCUACGUGGAGCGUGACCGGAAGAAGGAGAAGAGGAAGGUGAAGGUUCCGGAACCUUCUGUCAAUAAGAAGGCAAAUGCCCCACUAACAGCCAAUGCUGUACCCCAGUCCGUCUCGGGCAUGCCCAUGAUGAAUCAAGCCCCACGGAUGAUGCAAAUGUCAGGACAGCCUCCCUACAUGCCACCACCUGGCAUGAUGCCUCCUCCUGGGAUGGCACCUGGCCAGAUGCCACCUGGGUCCAUUCCUCCUGGCCAAAUGAUGGGUGGGCAGAUGCCACCUCUUGCUCAGACGGUGCCUGAAAAUCCACCCAACCACAUCCUCUUCCUGACCAACCUGCCUGAGGAGACCAAUGAGCUGAUGCUGUCCAUGCUUUUCAACCAGUUCCCUGGCUUUAAGGAGGUGCGCUUGGUGCCGGGCCGCCACGACAUCGCCUUCGUGGAGUUCGAUAACGAGGUGCAAGCGGGGGCAGCACGAGACGCGUUGCAAGGCUUCAAGAUCACGCAGUCGAACGCAAUGAAGAUCUCAUUCGCAAAGAAAUGAGGGGUUGAAGUGGAUCACACUGGUUAAUUGUGGCUUUGCUUUCAAAGCCCUUUUGUGUUUUUAUAUAAUUAGUGAAAUAAUUGGUUUGUGUAUUAGAUUCGAACGUUUAGGUGCCUCAGGUAAGUGAGGGUGAAGAGGCCCUCUUAGCAGCUGCACCCUGCCCCAGUGGACUCUCGACAAGAGUUCCAGCAUUCCCCGUGUGAGUGUGCCAAGCAUCUUGCUUGGUGGAGCUGCAUGUUCAGAUUGUGUUGUGGAUGUUGUUGUGUACCUGGCCCUGUACAUCAAUCUGAAUCGCCCCAUCCUUCCCAAACUGGCAAUGGCCUUAACCCUGACUGAAGGAAUUGGAUGGAGAUUCCUCUCCACUCAGUUUCUUCCAGUUAGUCUGCCCUGAUUUGCCUGCAGCUUUGAGUGAAUGAAAUGAGUGUCUGGCUGACUGAGGCAAGUUUGCUUAAUCGCACCAAGAAAGCUGUUCACCCAGAGUCUCAAUGACAUUGCACCUGGAGCUUUCCAAAAAAUAAAACUUUUUAUAUA